UUUAUAAUUAAAAGUAUGUAAGUAUGUCAGUAUGUUCCUGCCUAGACUUCUUAUCCAAUAAUAAAAGUAAAAUAACUUAAGUGUGCGUUUCUGAGUGCAAAUUAGAAGUUUUUGGUCACGACUUCUUUGCACCUGCGGUGUUGUAUUUUUAGCAACAUAUAUUUCUUAAUUAAAAAAAAAAAUAUAUAAGUAAUCGACUUGAUAGCUCCAUUUCUAUUCUGAGUAUGAAAUGAUGGAAAUACUUUUUUUUUAAGACCACAAUCGUUUUUGUCAGACAGUUCAUCAGAAUUUCUUUUCAAUCCAACUUCAUUCGGAGGCGACAUAAAACUUCAAGGCUCAACAUUGGAGCUCGCACAAACCAAUUUGUAGUACGCGGUUUGUCGAGGAUGUGUAUCAUGAACAAACUGGAUUUCUCUUUUUAACAUUUGGGUUCUCAACCGGAAGUUGGUUUAAGCGGUUAGGGGUAGUCAGUGGGCCGAAAAUGUGAUGAUUUUCAAUAAUUUUUUUUUGCCAGUCAAUUGCUUUAUUUUACAAAACCAACUUCGACUUGACUUUAGCAAAAUAAAAAAUAAAAAAUUAUAAUUGUAGAAGUUAUGGCGGUUUGUGUGGAGCCCGUUUCUCCAGAAGUCACUUGCGGUGAUCAUCACAAGUCCUUGGAGAUUCAUCUAAAAUCAAUCGGACAAGAGAAAUUAGUUUUAUUAACAGAUAUUCAUGUGACUGAUCUAAGCUUUUUUUCAAAAUUAACAAUUGGAAAUAUUUUUCAGAUUUUCGAGAAAAAAACCGACAAUUAAUUGUUACAAAAAAAAACGAAAUAUUUAGAAAAAAAAAAAUCAUUUGAUCAGGCACGAGUUUUCUAUGUUUUUCAAAAGCAGUAUACAUUUUAUUGAAAUCUACCAAGCGGUUUUUUAAGUUACAGAGAUCACCAGUUCAAAAAACAUACUUUUGUUAAAAACGCAUUUAAAGUUUUGCUAUCGUUUCCGGAGCACCCGAGCGCCCUUUGUUAAUUGUUGAAUAACUCAAAAAAUAUUUGUCGGAUUCACUUCACAUUUUCACAAAAUUAUUUUAAGAUAUUAUACUUUAAGAAAAUGCAAAAAAGAAACAAUACAAUUUUUUGAAAAUUCUAACUACCCUUAACCCCUUCAGCCGAGCCCAAAAAAAACUUCGCCAAUUGCUUCUCUCCUAUGUCAAGUGCGCCAGUUGCUUAUGUCAAGUGCAACAAAAUUCUUCUGAAUUUGGUUCUUUGGACAACCAGCGUGCGCAUCGCUUUCUCUUUUGACUAAAAACGACGUAGUUGUUCUUUUUGUCUUGGUUCCUUCGACGCUCGCACUCACUUGCUUGAUGUUUGGAUUGCUUGUCGUACUCAUAAAACCCAAGUAUCGUAUUCAGUAAUGCUGCUGUUGGUGAAUACUGUGUCGGAUCUUGUCAGCCUUGCAAAUAAUUUCUUUGGCUGCCUCCUUUUUGCAUGAAAGGUUUAGUUCUUUUAGGACCAACUUUGCAGCAUUAUGACGCAACCCCAAACAUUGAUUGCAAUGUCUUGAAUGGAUCCAUAAGUGAUGUUCAAGCUAUCUGUCAGCCCUCUGUUGGUUAAUUUGCGUUAUUGAUUAACUGAUUUUCUUUCACUUUAUUUAAGCGUUCAUGCCACUCGUAAAGGGCUGUCGGCUAUUUGAGUAACGUUUCAUUGCCAAAAGAGUUUCUCAACAUUUCUAAAGUUUUCGCGUCAUUUAAACUAUUUUUAACGCAAAAACAAAUACAAACUCGUUGUUGUCAAUUCAAAUUCAUUUUUAAAUUUCUUAAAAAUAGAAAACACGUGCAGAGGUAGAUUUGCUCAAGACGGCGUAACUUUUACAAAAUGUCAAGCAAUGACGACAAAAUUUUGGUAGGAAUGUUAAUUACAGAAUUGGCAACCUAACAAACAAAAAAACAGAACGUAAAUCAGUUGAUUUACAGCGUCAUCUAGCAGUUGUUCCGGGAACUUUUUGAGCAGGGUGGUAUUUACCUUUGUGCGCCAUCAAACAGGUUUCACGCCAUUCGGCGAGGAAUUUAGGGAAUUUGAUUCUUGUUCAUCGAGAAAGGGUUCUGCUCUUCAAUUAUCUAAGGUUUUCGCGUUUGGAACAUAAUGUCAGCUUUAAAUUGCUGUGCGGUGAGAUGUGGCUCACUAAAGACAUUUAGCGCAAAAGAGUCACAACUUUUCACCUUGACUAAUGGGCGGCCGCCGUAGCCGAAUGGGUUGGUGCGUAACUACCAUUCGGAAUUCACAGAGAGAACGUUGGUUCGAAUCUCAGUAGAACAUCAAAAAAACAAAAAAAAAGAAAAAAAAAAACAUUAUGAAAAACAUUUUUCUAAUAGCGGUCGCCCCUCGGCAGGCAAUGGCAAACCUCCGAGUGUAUUUCUGCCAUGAAAAAGCUCCUCAUAAAAAAAUAUCUGCCGUUCGGAGUCGGCUUGAAACUGUAGGUCCCUCCAUUUGUGGAACAACAUCAAGACGCACACCACAAUUAGAAAAGGAGUUCGGCCAAACACCCAAAAAGGGUGUACCCGCCAAUUAUAUAUAUAUAAUGGGUGAAAUGUGUAGGGCAUGAAGCCAGCUAGUAAAAAUUAUUGAUUAUGAACGCUGUGUCAUAUGUUUUUUUUCACUUCAUAUUUUUCACUCUGAAGCCCACAAUUAUAUCUAUUUCAUUGUCUGAAACUUUAUUUGUGUUGAUAACUACCAUUGGGAUAGGGGCAAAGUAAAGAAGUAAAAAAUUUGUCCUUGGCUUACCAGUUUCCAACGAAGAGCUCUCAGAAAAGCAUUUAGAAAAAUUACAAAAUAGAUUAAGUGCUAAGUGCCAUACAUUUAAUUCCGUAUAAACAGCUAAUAUGCUAAAAAAAAUGUCUGCAAAUGUGCUCGAAAAAGCUCUGCAAUGAAGAGAACUUAAUACUCAAACGCUCAUUCCCAAAAGCAUGAUCGCUGCAGUCGUCAUUGAAAAAGUGAGAGUCGAAAGCGAAAAAAUGCCACCAGCAAUGAGAAAAACUCAAUCAAAGCCAAAAGUAAAAGCAAACGUGUUGCACAGCAAAAGCAAUGCAAAUGCACAUACGAAAAUAAUACUUGAAAAAGUAAGAAAUCAAUACCAGCCAUGCGCUUCCGCAUGCACCGACAACAACGCACACCAAUAACAAUUUGACGGCGAGCAGCGCGAAAAUGAAAAGCAUAAAACCAAAUCACGUAUACGUGCCGCUGAGCCCAAGUGCAUGAUGUGCAUAUGUAUGCAUGUAGGUGUGUACUUGGGUUGCUAAAGGGAAGAGACGAAAAGCUUUGUGGUUGUUUUUGUGUAUAUCCGCAUGUGCGCAGGCAAGAGUGGGUCGAAAGUAAUGCAAAAAGCACAAAGCAACUGCUCAACUAAGUACUAGUACUGGCGCGGGAUAAGCUUCACAUCCAUGCUCAACUGCGACAUGCAGUCAGGUACGAGUAUUUGAUAGCCAAACGGAAAGCAAAUGGCAAAUAAACACAAUACCACACCACAAACGUUGAUGCUUUGCUUUCGGCCACACGAUCACUACUAACUGCUGCUCAUGUGGCAAACUAGUUUUGGCGCAUGGCUGUUGUGCGCUUAGCUCAGUUGUUUGCAGUGGAGCGAGCAAAGCGAGUGAAAGAAGAAAUGCAAAGAAGACAAGCUGUAUUGCUGGCGUACUGGCGUACUGGCUUGCUGCUUUGCUGUUUGCAUGGAUGAAUGAUUUGCGAGCGAAAAGCGAAAAGUUAAAAGCUAAAAAUCGAAAGCGAAACGCGCUGGAAAGGUGGUGAGCAAACACAGCAAAGACUGUCAGCCACCAGCAGCACACACUGAUCGACGUGCCGAAAGAGCAAAAGCUGAAAGCGAGCAGCAGUGUGCUACCUCAACAAAGUAGCCAACAUUCGCAUCACCAAAACCAACGCCAUCGACUUUGUCGACGCUUGCGCCGUUGCUGAGGAUUUUUUGUCAAUUUCGGUGGGUUUGACGUGCGCAAACGUGCGCUCACUCUUCAUUCGUAUUCCGGCGGCACCGGUUCCAGGUCCAAAUUGCGGAAGAUCGAACGGCAGUAGCGCGAACGUGAACGUGUACGCGUACGGCAGCACAAAAUUUCCGUGCAGGCAGCAAGCGUCAAACGCUAUUGGCAGUGCCACAAAACGCAAGAGGCAUAAAAAGGCACGUGUCGCGAAUUUCAAAGAAUAGCAAAUGCUAACAAUUAUUUCUGCUGUUUUUUUUUUAUAUAAAGAAUGUGCAAAUAGAUAAAAUGUGUAAAAAUUUGUUGGCCUGCAUUUCGUAAUUUCAUCCGCAUACAAAGAACGCUGGCGAAAAUCACGACAUUCAGCUGCGUGAACAAUUUAAGAAAAUGAAAUUGCCCGCGACAUGCGCUUCUGUGUGUGUUGCCAGUUGUUGAGCCAAUGGCUGCUUGCUUAAGAACUAGCAACAUUUGUUGAAAACUUAGCUACCUUUGGAGAUGCGCAGUGAGAAUUGCUUCAGUACUUAUACACAGUGGCAGUUAGUGCUGAGACGAAACUGGAACUGAGUAAAAACGUCGCAUGCUGCAAUUAGCAAAAGUAAAUAGAUUUACAACACAAAAUAGCCAAGAUAGAUAGGGAAUUACAGAGAAAUUUACAGCAUAAUUGGCUAGCAAAAGAAGACGUCGCUCACACUUCUAGGUCCAGCUCAAAUACAAUCCAUCAAAAACAGCACAAAGCAGCGCUGGAUGACAAGUGUCGAAAGCAAGUGGAAGUAGAGUGGAAUAAUUUGAAUAAAAAACGAAAAUUAAUAACAAAUAACAAACAAAUUUAAAAAAAAAAAAUUAACAAACAAAAUAAUAAAUAGAAAUCAAAAAAUCUAAAGCGCAAAAAAACCCUAUAAACAUAUCAAGCGCAAGUAAGUGAAGCAAAUUGUGAGAUUAAGACGACAAAUAGGCGAAGCUGAACCGCCUCACGCGAUCUCCCAGCAUCGUAGGCCUGCCAAAGCCACAUAGCGAAUUGAGUGCAAGCAAAUAUUUAUUGAAAUAAUAAAAGAACUAAACGUUGUUUUUUGCGUCGCCUUCACUGCACUAUCAAGGUCACACUUUUUUCUAGCGCUAACUGGCAACUAAUUGAAAUUUACAUACAUACAAACAUAUACCAUAAAUACUCGCCCCAACACCGACUGAAACAGCUGCUAAGGGUGACAACCCUGGCAGACGCAGACUGGCUGCACAAGUGUUUUGGCAAAUAGUUCGUUUGUUUGGAGUUUGGGUAUCAAAAGGCGCGCGCUAUUGCGACCAAAGGGCAGAUUGAAAACAUAGUGAAAAAAUCUAAAAAAAAGUAUGAAAAAUUCUAGUUGUUGGCGCCUACCAUAAAAAGAAACAGGAUCUCAUUUGAAUGCUACGGCAUGACUGAAUUUUGUCAGCAGAAAACAAAACAAAAAAAAGCACAGUUUUGGAACCAGCUAAGCUCUAAGGCAAAUAAAUAUAUUAAAAGAUACAAAAAUUUAAAAGAAUGCACGUUCGUGAUAUGAGUGAACAAUAGACAGAUCAGCUAGAAAAUAAAUAUAAAUAUAUGCAAGGAAAAGAAUUAAGUAUGAAUAAAAUAUAGAAAGAACGAAUAGCUGGCAAAUGCAGAUAUCAAAACGAAAAAAUAAAAAAUAAUGCAUGCACUAUAUUAUUUGAAAAAGGUCUCUGUCUGAGAAGCUAAAUCUUUGAAAAAAAAAAUAAAAAAAAAUAAAUAAAACUCAACCGUGAGUAUCAACGCUUUUAUUCUUCAAAAACAAAAAAAAAAAAAAUAAAUAAAAAAGCAAUAAGAAUAAAGUUUAUUAGUGUGUGGGGCGGGCAGUAGCUCGCCAGCGACAGAUACCCAUAACAAGUGUUCGCGUGGCGUAAGUGCUUGCUGUUGUUGUUAUGUAGUUUAGAAUCGGCGAGCACGAACAGACAAGCAGACAAGUUAAGCGACCGGCAGACUAACGCUGACAAAAAUAUAAACAGCAAAGUACAAAAAAAAAAAUAAACAAAAAGUGGAAAAUAAAUAAAAAAAUACGAUAUAAAAAAUUAGCAAAGCCGGCUGCAAAGCGCAAAUUCAAGGGUUGAGUGAAGCAUAAAAGCAAGCAGAAAAACAAAAAUAGCGCAGAUAAAAAUAAAGCGUAAAUUAAAGUUCUUAAAGAAAACGAAAUUAAUAGCAGUAGAAAAAAUAAAAUAUCCCUUCGACGCGCUUAAUAAACGCACGCGUGCGAUCGCUAACGCACGCUUCGCCCAAACUUUUCGGUUUUCUCUAAUUUUCGCCCCUUUCUCAGAUUUUUGUGUUCAUAAAUGCAAUUGCGCCUUGCUUUUGGUGGAGUGAAUUGAACCUUAAGCAUGGAGUAUCUAACGCAGGCGCUACAAAUAGGCAACGCGCAUGCGCAUCAGACGCAUAGUGCGCUACAAAAUGCACAACAACAACAACAGCAGCAGCAGCAUCAGCAUCAGCAGCAACAGCAACAGCAUCAGGCUCAUAUGCAGCUGCUGCAGAAUGUGCAGCAUGUACAGCAACAACAACAACAGCAGCAGCAGCAGCAGCAUCAGCAACAAUUGUUGGGCAACAUGCAAUCACCCAGCCACACAACCGCACUGCCUCCGCUCAGCUCCUUGCCACUGCAAGUCGUCCACAACCUGCCACAUCUGCUAGCCGCCGGCGGUGGGGGCAGUAGUAGUGGUGGUGGCGUCAACAAUGGUCUCUCUUCUGCUGCAGCCGCUGCUCACCUCAGCAGCCUCGGCAGCAAUCUGGUGAACACAAGUAGUCUUGUCAACAGCAUUGCCGCUGUGGCCGCCAAUCCGUCCAACAACAAUAGCAGCAGCGGAAGCGGCAGCGGCAAUGGCAAUAACAAUAGCAAUUCAGGCGGUAUGAACGCCGUGAAUGCGAACGCUGUCAACGCGCUGAGCAACAAUGUCCACUUGCACCUGCGCAACACAAUGCAAAACGUUGCCAAUACCCAGCUGCAACAAACUAUUAAUACGCUGGGUAACAAUUUGGUGGGUAGCUUGCCGCCGAGCAGUCAGUUGCUGCAUCAUCGCUUGCAACAUUUGGCGAAUGUGGCGAAUGCCAACAAUGCGGCGGCAGCUGUUGUCGCUGUGGCGGCGAACAACAUCAACAACAUGAACAAUAUCGGUAACGGUAUCGGCAAUGGCAGUGGCAAUGUGCUGGCGAACGUUGGCAAUACGGCUAAUCUGAUUGCCCUCAAUGGUGGCAGUAGUGGCGGCGGUGGCGGCAACAACAACAACAAUAAUCCUACAACGCCGAAUAACAAUUUGAGCCUGAAUGGCUUGGUGGGGAUUAUUGGCGGUGGCAACAACAGCCAGAGCAAUGUGAAUGGCGGAAAUACGAAUGACAACAACAAUAAUAAUAACAGCGGUGCGGGUAUCGCGCACAACAAUGGCAGUGCGAAUGUGACAAACAGUGUUAACAACAACAACAAUAAUAACAACAGCAGUGGCAACACAAACAGCAACAACAUCGACGAAAAUAAUCGCUGGACGCAAUUCCAGGUGCAGCAGUUGUGGAAGCAACACGCCUCAUAUCUCAACGGCAGGAAAUCUCCCUUUUUGGGGUUCAUUUGCAAAACCAACGGAAAAUCCUCAUCGAAUAACAAAGAAGUUAUCUGUGGCGAUGACAAAUACAAAGAAGAGGGUGAUCUCUGGAAUGUGGAGGCCCAAACCGCAUUCCUCGGUCCGAAUUUAUGGGAUAAAACUCUGCCGUACGAUGCCGAUCUUAAGUACGCAGAUUUGGAUGAAUUCCUGUCGGAGAACAAUAUACCUGAUGGCUUGCCUGGCACCCAUUUGGGACACUCAAGUGGCUUGGGGCAUCGAUCCGAUUCGCUGGGGCAUGCAGCUGGUCUGGGACUGGGUCUUGGCCAUAUAACGACGAAACGUGAACGUUCCCCAUCGCCAUCGGAUUGCAUAAGUCCGGAAACAUUGAAUCCACCAUCGCCGGCUGAGUCAAGUUUCUCCUUUGCGUCAUCGGGGCGAGACUUCGAUCCACGCACCAGAGCAUUCUCCGAUGAAGAGCUCAAACCACAGCCGAUGAUCAAAAAAUCACGCAAACAGUUUGUGCCCGACGAAUUGAAGGAUGACAAAUAUUGGGCACGCCGCCGGAAGAAUAACAUUGCCGCCAAGCGAUCCCGUGACGCACGCCGCCAAAAGGAGAACCAAAUAGCGAUGCGUGCUCGAUAUUUGGAAAAGGAAAAUGCGACAUUACAUUCAGAAGUGGAACAGUUGAAACAGGAAAAUUUGGACUUGCGUGCGCGUCUCUCAAAAUUCCAAGAUGUGUAAUGUUAAGAAGUACCACCCAACUAUACUAUAUAAAUAUGUAUAUCACCUCCAAAAACACAACCACCAGUCUUAGAUGCAACCAACCAGGCAAUUUAAUAUGAAACAAAUAUAUUAAAGCAAAUCAACAGUUAUUCAUGGAGCGACAAAGGAUCUGAAGAUCAGACAUGCAUACAUAUGUAUGUGUAUGUAUGCAAGCAUGAUCCUGUGUGCAGCUUACAGCAUGAAACGGAAGAAAAAACUCAUGAUACAUUUUUCACACACAAACACAUGCAAAUACACCAAGUAAAAAGCAUCCACAUAAAUUUACAGACAUUAAGGAAUUACUUGCAGCUUAUUAUUGAACCAGCGACAAAAAGGAAAUUCUUAAUUUACUUUUAAAUAAAAUAGAUAAAAAACAACUACAAAAUAAGCCUACAAAUAACGUAAAGUAACAAAAAAUAUAUAUGAAAAGGAAGCAACAACAACAAUUAGCACCCUCAAGAAGGUGUCAAGAAGGGAGGAGAAGAGUAAAAGCAAAAGAAGCAUUAAAUAUACAAACUAAAAAUACAUUUAAACCGAAAAAAAUCAAAGCAAAAACAAAGUAAAAUUCCUACAGAAAUCUUAAAAUAGUGCUGACACAAAACCAACGGGGGUCAAAGCAAAACAACAGAACCACAAUAGAUAAAAAUCAAUAGAGAAGAAAAAACACAAUGUGAAGAGCAGCGCGGUGGCUGGUAUCUGGGAGGCAGACGAAUCUUGCAAUAUACUCACGUUGUGCAGCAGCGGGAUAUUAGUGCGUCUACAAGAUCACAGCAACAAUAAAUAGAGAAAAAGCACGAAGUGACUGCAAAAUUGGCUAAUAACUCGAUAAAAUAUUGGGUUUGUUCAACACUGAAAAAACAAAAACAUACAAGCAAGCACGCAUGCAUACAUAUACAAGUAUAUGUAGAUGUAUUACUAUACACACAUACAUACAUAAUUUAUAUACAAAGGAAACGCAUACAUGCAAGCAUAGAAAUGAAACUAUUCAAGUUAUACAGCAUACACAUACACACACGUAUGCGUACGAAGGCAAUUUAUGUGCGUAUGUUUAAGCAGCGAUUUAGGUAAUAAUACAUACAUACACACAUACAUACAUGCAUGUGUAUAUGUAAGGCGAAAAUUUCGCAAACAAAAGUUAUAUUAUUGUAAAAAAAUUAUUGUUAAAAACAACUGAAUGGUGAAGAAACUGCUUACGACAUUUAGACUAAACUAAUCUUAUUAUAAAAUAGUUGAAUAAAGUUACAAAUGAAAAACAAAAAAAAAAAAAA